AUGUGUUUAGGAGGAAUUCCCCCCCAAUCUGAAUCCAAGUGGUGUUUUCUUAUUGGACUUCUGUGCCAGUCAUGGAUUGUCCAUAAAGAGCACCAUGUUCAAGCACAAAAGUGUCCUGUUCAAGCUGUGUUUUUGACAAGUCAUUUAGCAACAAAAUCUUCAAGCUGUUUGGUUAAUAAGAAAUGUGUUAAAGUGAAGAAAAAUUUAGACUCAUACAGGAAAGUCCAGAAAGAACAAAAGUUUAAUUGUGAUGACUGUGGAAAACAGUUUAGCAGAAUAUCAAAUUUAAACAUUCACUUGAGAGUCCACACGGGACAGAAGCCUUUUUUCUGUGAGCUUUGUGGACAAAGAUUUAACCAAAAGACACAUUUAAACAGUCACACUCGUGUCCACACUGGACAGCAGCCAUUUGCCUGUGAGCUCUGUGGACAAAGAUUUAACCGCAAGACAAAUCUUAACAGACACAUGAGAGUCCACACAGGACAGAAGCCUUUUGCUUGUGGUCUCUGUGAACAAAGAUUUAGCCAAAAGACACAUUUAAACAUUCACUUGAGAGUACACACAGGACAGAAACCUUUUGCCUGUGAACUCUGUGGAAAAAGAUUUAGCCACAAAUCAACUUUAAGCUGUCACAUGAAAGUCCACACAGGACAGAAACCUUUUUCCUGUGAGAUAUGUGGACAAAGAUUUAGGGAUAAGUCAACAUUAAACAGACACAUGAGAGUCCACACAGGACAGAAACCUUUUGCUUGUGGUCUCUGUGAACAAAGAUUUAGCCAAAAGACACAUUUAAACAUUCACUUGAAAGUACACACAGGAAAGAAACCUUUUGCCUGUGAGUUUUGUGGACAAAGAUUUAGGGAUGAGUUCGCUUUAAACAGUCACAAUAAAGUACACACAGGAAAGAAACCUUUUACCUGUGAGCAGUGUGAACAAAGAUUUAGUCAGAAAUCAACUUUAAGCUGUCACAUGAGAGUCCAUACAGGACAGAAGCCUUUUGUCUGUGAGUUCUGUGGACAUAGAUUUAGUGAUGAGAGAAAUCUAAACAGACGCACACGAGUCCACACAAGACAGAAACAUUUUUGCCUGUAUAGUAAUUAG